GACCGGCCUCUGUUUGUCUCUAUGGUAUUCAGACAUCCAAGCGGCUCUCUUCCGGUCCUGGCUAGGGCUACAGUUGCCGGCUGGGUCCAAAGCGGCUGAUUGUGAGUUUCCCGGCAGCCCUCGCGCUGGAGACUUGUACACAAUCAUCAUGGCGUCCCAGGACGAAAUGGAAGAGCUGGGGAUGGAGGCGGAUGGACAGAAGUUACUGCUGAACUGUGCGGAGGGUGAAGGCACAAGUUCUCAGGACAGCGGCUCCGCACAGCCAGAGGCAGUCAGCAAUGGAGAGGAAUCUGAGUCAGAGAAAGAACUUGUGGAGUUUAAGAUCAUCUGGAAUAAGAAUAAGUAUGAUGUGAAGCUCCCUUUGGACAGCACCGGAGCAAGCCUUAAACAGAAGAUUCAUACACUCACAGGUCUUCCACCAGCUAUGCAGAAAGUCAUGUUUAAGGGGUUACUUCCCGAAGACAAAACACUAAGGGAAAUCAAAGUCACCAAUGGAGCAAAAGUUAUGGUAGUAGGAUCCACCAUCAACGAUGUGUUGGCUGUUACCACACCCAAAGAAACCAUCCAACAAGAGGUGAAAGAAGAAGAGAGCAAGAAGGAGCCAUUGUGCAAACAGAAGCAACAUAGGAAAGUGCUGGAUAAGGGAAAACCUGAAGAUAUAAUGACAUCUAUAAAAGGAGUGCAGGAGCGCCUUCCAACUACACCCAUAUCCGGUAUGUACAAUAAGUCUGGGGGGAAAGUCAGAUUGACGUUUAAACUGGAGCAAGACCAGAUAUGGAUAGGUACAAAAGAGAGAACAGAGAAAAUUCCCAUGGGUUCUAUUAAAAAUGUAAUCUCUGAGCCAAUUGAAGAACAUGAUGAUUAUCACAUGAUGGCUUUCCAGCUGGGUCCUACUGAAGCAUCUUAUUACUGGGUAUACUGGGUGCCAGUGCAAUACGUGGAUGCCAUAAAGGACACAGUGUUAGGAAAAUGGCAGUAUUUUUGAAGUUACCUUCACCUCUGGCAUAGAAUACGAGACGCUGGGAGGAGCCAAGAAACCACCUUUUCCCAUCCUGCACCACAGAAACCGAUCCCCCCUCCUUCACCGCCAUCACCUUACGGUGAUUACCCAUUUCCCAGUGCUCCAUAGAACCUUACAGGGGUGGAACUUUUGCCAUGCGAAGCAGCCUGUGAGGAUACAGAAUGCUUAUUCUAUAGGAGCCAGAGGUGACUGAUCGUACCUAGUUUACAUUUUUAACGUUUUUUCAAGUUGUGGGAUCCUGACCGCAGCUGCAUCAGCCAUAUACCCAAGAAUAAAACAACUCCUCCCCCCCCCCCCUCUUUUUUUUUUUUUUU